GAUGUAAACUUAUCAACCGCAAAUACCUCGCGUCAGAAAUUACUGAACAAAAGAAUAAAUAUUUUAGACGAUUAACGCCUACUGGGGCUCGUAUCUUUUUUUUUUCUGCCUGCAAGAGGAAGACGGUGUCGGGUUUCUUGGCUGUGCUUGACAAGCAACUGACAGGUAUCAGGAUCUAAGUGUUCACCUCAGUCCAUCUUCACAGAGGAACACUGUCAUCUGAGCUGCCAGUAUGGCUGCUAAACCUCACCCCCCUCUGAUGAAGAAGCACAGCCAGACUGACCUGGUGAGCAGACUCAAGACUCGGAAGAUCCUGGGCGUCGGGGGCGAGGAUGACGACGGAGAGGUGCACAGGUCAAAGAUCAGUCAGAUGUUGGGGAAUGAGAUGAAAUUUGCGGUGCGGGAGCCGGUGGGACUCAGGAUAUGGAUCCUGUUCUCCGCAGUGGUCUUCACAGCAAUGGCCUUGAUGGCACUGGUUUUCCCCAACCAGCUAUACGAAGUGGUUUUCGAAGAGGAGCAAACAGUCACAAGCAUUUCAAUACGUCUCUACGGAGGAGCGCUGCUGAGUCUGUCUCUCAUCAUGUGGAAUGGCCUGUACACGGCGGAGAAGGUCAUUAUCCAGUGGACUCUGCUCAGUGAAGCGUGCUACUUCGCCAUCCAGUUUUUAGUAACUUCUGUGACGCUGGUGGAACUGGGCUUUGUGUCCAAUGCCGCCAUCCUCCUCCUCCUCAGCCGCAUACUCUUCCUCGUGAUCACCCUGUCUUACUAUUACCACCUUGGACGCAGGCCCAAGAAAAUCUGAUCUCUCCUCUGCAUCCGCUUUCCCGAAGCUGGAAGAGGGGCAGCACUGGGGAGAUCUGUUGGAGGGUGGGGUGUAGAUUUGUAGGAGUCACUGGGUUUAAAUUUUUGGGGUGAGAAGAAUUAUACAGUAAUACAGCCACAAACACCCAGUUAACCUCUGCAAGGUUAGCCCCACAUCAAAAAAGACUAAGUACCCAUGAAUCAAGUCUAUUUUUUUUUUAUGUAAUUCACAGCUUACAGAUAUCAUAGGAGUUUGCCUCAUUACUACAAAGCUCUUUUUUUUCACUCAAAGUGUGUAAAAUGUCAUCAAGUAUAUCCUGUCGUUCUGUUGGAUUGUGCAGAGUCACUGUGUAGCUUUUCUGAGUCAGCAUUAUCAACGACUGAGGUUUGUCACACUCUAGCUACAUUUGGAAUGCUAUAAUAACUGUCUGUAUGAUCUGGUA